CGGAAGUGCAAUGGCGACGAGUGGAGCCGUUCAGGAGUCCUGCAAGGAUAAUAAACAUAAAGCAAGCAGUGCAGAAAUGAGUCCUGAUGGGUUGAUUAGACAUUCUUUCCAAGAGUGUUUCUCUUCCUUAAUCGAUUCGAUCACAGAGUUUAGCUCUGAGCUAAAAAUAAGCCCUGGGGUUUUAAACAUCACUGCUAGUGUGAGUGCUCGGAACCUCACUGGACUCCGUCCUUCACAUGUGUACAACUGUUUACAGCAGCACAUCUCCAGGUUGCAGUCUGCAUCUGCACAUCUGAAACAAAUAAUGGAUGUCAAGAGCCCAACUGAUUCAAUCAAUAAUGAAGAUAAAAUGGAGAAAUCCAAGAACGAGUCGGCAGCAACAACUGAAGAAGAGAUAGUGGUAGACCGAGAGCUCGUUCCUUCUCGAUCGCACCAACAUGCUACUUCGAAAGACAGUGGGAUGUCCCAACAUGAUGACUGCAGUGUUCAGAUAACAGCUGGCAAAGCUGAGAUUGAACGUAGGAUCUCUGCAUUUAUAGAGCGCAAACAGCUGGAGAUCAAUGAAAACAAUGUGCGGGAGUUUUGCAAUGUGAUCAACUGUAAUCAGGAAAACAGUUGUGCCAGAACGGAUGCAGUCUUCACACCCUAUCCAGGUUUCAAGAGUCACGUCAAAGUGACCCGAGUGGUGAAUACAUAUGGGCCCCAAACCCGAGGUGGGCGCUCUGAGCAGGGAGAGCAACAGCAAGGCUCAUACAGCAGAGACUGUGGAAACCCUGUCAUCGAAGAGCGGCUACACAACAUAGAAGCUCACCUGAAGCUAACAGCAGGAGGUCCUGUACCUCAGAGCAUUUACCAGCGACUGAAGAAGUUAGAGGAUCGAAUCUUGGAGCUUGAGGGUCUUUCCCCGGAGUACUUCCACUCCACGAAUUACUCUCACAAACGUCCAAAAGUCUCAGUUUCUCAGAGCUACAGCCUGUCGGAGUUAGAUGGGAAGAUCAAUGCAGUUAGAACUGCUUUACUGAAGAGAGCGAAUGAGUUCCAGCCCAGAGACGUGAGGGAGUUUCCAUUCUGACAAACGCGUAUUUGUCAAACAGUGUACCUCCAGCCUGAAGAUUUGUCAUUUUUUUGUGCACUUGAUAUCAUGAAUUGAAAUUGAACUGUUUUUUGUUUACUCCUCCUCCUCUGAUUUGUGAGUUAAGAGGACCUAUAUGUGUCAUCACUUUCAUUUUUGUAAAUUUUUUUUUUUUUGUAAAAUUGAGUAUUUGAAUAUUUUGCACACACUUUUGUAGUGUCUCCGCCCAUUAUUUGUCCAAACUGUGAUUUGAUUUGUCACUACUAGCUUUGGUCUAUUGAUUCUGUUUGUAAGAAUAGUACUCAUUCAUUUCUCAAAGUAAGCUUUUUUUUUUUUUUUUUUUUCCCUUUGGUCUGGAGCCCAUCCACGCAAGGCAGGGACACACCCUGGAUGGAACGCCAGUCCUUCAUAGGGCAUCAUGCAGGGAUGGAUCCAGACCAAGAAUCUGCCAGAGGCACAUUUACAGAAAUAUUUUCACUAAUUUUACCAGAUCGCUAUGGAUUUUUGUUUGUAAGAUAUAUGCUAAUAUACAUUAAGUCAACACACCAUAUACAACAAUGUUUCAUUUAUUAAUAUCAUAAUACUGUUUGAGCAAUGUUUUUGUAUUACACACAAAUCACAUUUAAUAAUAAUGUAACAAAUUCAUAUGAAUUGUAAAAGUUUUCUGUUAAAACAAAUCAAACAAUUUAAAAAAAAUGACUGACAACCUGGACUCAAGCUGAUGACUAACACGAGUGUUUUUACCACAGAAAUAAGAAAAAAUAGACACAACUACUUUAUUAUUCUACAGUAUCCACCAGGAACAUAUGCACACAUAAAUUGUACUCUACUACACUAACAACAGAAACUGGACAGAACUUGACCUAGGUUCUUUUUCUCGGGUCAUAUUACACAAAGCGUCAUGAGAAUACAGGUAAUUAGGUCAAGUACGUAUCACUGCUUUCCACAGGUGGCCAGAUCCUCAACCAUUGGUUUGUUGGUUAGGCGUGGCUAUAUCCCACGUAGCCGGCUAGCAAUAAACAAAUGCCCCGUGACCGAUGCCAGGUGGUGCACGUAUAUUUCUGACUGAUACACUUGCAUCAGUCUGGAUCCAUCCCUGCAUCAUGUGUACAUGCGCGCGCACACAUUCUCACCUGGGGAUAAAUUAGCAUAGUCUGUCCACCUCAUGGCAUGUCUUUUUGGCGAUAGGAGAAAACCCAGAUGGACAGUGGGGCCAAUAUAAUGAAGCUUCAGGUGCUCCAAACUUCACAACUGUGCCACCCUUAAGAUUAAAGG